UCUUCAGGUUUCCUCCUUGAGCUCUGCAACUCCAAAACCAAACAACACAGGCUCACACACAAACAAAUAUAUUUUACGAAUAACAAAAAAUUCACAUAAAUAAGCCCUCAAAUUCCUUUCAUUCUUACAGUCAUUUCUUCGUACAUAUAAACGUCUGUAUACAUAUCACUCAUCUCUCUAUCGAUUACGAAUGGAGGCGGCCAUGGACGAACAAGCGAACCAAGCGCAAGAAGAGGCCCAACCUCCUGCGGAGGAGCCCCAGGCUCAGUCCAGAGGGGGAGAAGAGGAGGAAGAAGAGGAACCGAGGAACGAAGACGAGGAGUUGAUCGCCAAGGCCCAGAAGCGGAUGGAGAAGAUCACCUCUUCGCCUGAAAACCCUAGCCCCCUCGUCCUCCAUGCCCUCGCCUCCCUCCUAGAAACUCAAGAAUCCCUAUACAUGGAAGAGAAUGGUCAUUCGUCCAAUAAUGGCCGUGCUUCGCAUAACAUUGGACGGCUUGGAAACUUAGUCCGGGAGAAUGAUGAUUUCUUCGAAUUGAUAUCUUCUAAGUUUCUAUCGGACACAAGAUACCCGCCCUCUAUCCAGGCGGCUUCUGCAAGGCUUCUUUUAAGCUGCUCGCUGACUUGGAUUUAUCCUGUUUUCGAAGAAGCCGUUUUGGAGAACAUAAAAAAUUGGGUGAUUGAUGACACUAUCAGAUUUCCUGGUGAAGAUCACAACUGCAAGAGCAAGGAGGCCUCAGAUUAUGAAAUGUUGAAGACCUAUUCUACUGGGCUUCUUGCUGUAUGUUUGACUGGUGGUGGUCAAGUAGUAGAAGAUGUGUUGACAUCUGGUUUGUCUGCCAAGCUUAUGCGCUAUCUUCGUGUGCGUGUCCUUGGAGAGACAAGUACAAGCCAGAAAGAUGCUGCUCAUUUAACAGAAAGUAAGCAUGCAUCCGGCACUACUUGCAUAAGAGGUAGAGAUGAAAGUCGGGGUAGGGUUCGACUGGCUCUGGAAACAACUUAUUUAGAUGAUAUGAGGACAGCGGGUGAGAGGUCCUUAGAUGACCAAAGCGGUGAAAGGGAUCAGGAUAGAAGCAUUGUUCGGCAAGGACAUGGAGAAGAAUGCUGGGUGAAUGAUGGAGAACCACCUGAUGGGUUGGAUGAAAGGGUUGAUAUCUAUGAUGCAGAUGCUGAUGGUGAGGACAGAUGGCAUAGUCGAGAUUUCCGAGAUGGGAAGGCAAAAUUUGGGGAUUUGGAUGAAAAUGGCAGGGAUGACUCCUCAAGGCGCAGGGCGAGUCGCGGAUCGGCAAGAUCCAAAUGCAAGGGAAGAGUUAAUGAAGGUGGUCUAGAGAAUGAACAGAUUUUAACCUCACCCGGAUCUGGUACUCGAUCAGGACAGGGCCGAAGUACAAGAGACAGGAGUUUUUCAAGAAAUUUAGAUGUGAAAAAAGUACCAGAUGCUAAAAAGUCUUCUGGCAGGGUCACAUCUGAUGCAUUGGCUGUUGAAAGAGAGGAUACUGAUGAUUGCUUCCAAGAAUGCAGGGUUGGAAAUAAAGAUAUCUCUGAUCUUGUAAAGAAAGCAGUUAGAGCUGCCGAAGCUGAAGCAGGAGCAGCCAAUGCACCUGCGGAAGCUAUCAAAGCAGCUGGUGAUGCUGCUGCUGAACUUGUCAAAAGUGCGGCUCUUGAGGAAUUUAAAGCUAAGAAUGAUGAAGAAGCUGCCAUUUUGGCUGCUUCCAGAGCUGCAUCCACUGUUAUUGAUGCUGCAAAUGCAAUUGAAGUUUCAAGGAGCUCUAGUGGCAUCAAUGGUGUCAGGAGCUCUAGCGGCAUCAAUGGUGACAGGAGCACUAGUAGCAUCAAUGGUGAUACAAUGUAUCCAGCCAGCAUAGAAACGGAAACUAAUGAGGAUGUUGAAGAAUAUUUCAUCCCAGACUCUGAAUCUCUUGCACAGCUGAGAGAAAAAUACUGUAUUCAGUGCCUUGAGAUACUUGGAGAAUAUGUUGAAGUUCUUGGGCCUGUACUGAACGAAAAGGGGGUUGAUGUCUGCCUUGGACUAUUACAACGGAGUUCCAGACUCAAGGAGGCAUCAAAGAUUGCAAUUCUCUUGCCUGAUGUAAUGAAGCUAAUCUGUGCAUUGGCUGCUCACCGGAAAUUUGCUGCAUUAUUUGUGGAUCGGGGUGGCAUGCAGAAACUGCUUGCUGUCCCUAGAAUUGUGCAAACCUUCUUUGGUCUGUCUUCCUGCUUAUUUACUAUUGGUUCUCUCCAGGGCAUAAUGGAACGUGUCUGUGCUCUUCCCUCAGAUGUUGUUCACCUGGUGGUUGAGUUAGCUAUCCAACUUCUUGAGUGCCCUCAGGACCAAGCCAGAAAAAAUGCGGCCUUGUUUUUUGCUGCUGCAUUUGUCUUCCGAGCAGUUCUUGAUGCCUUUGAUGCUCAGGAUGGUUUACAGAAAUUACUGGGCAUUUUGAAUGAUGCUGCCUCAGUAAGAUCUGGUGUAAAUACUGGAACUCUAGGCUUGUCCAGUUCAGGAUCGAUUCGAAAUGAUCGUUCAUCUGCGGAAGUACUGACAUCAUCAGAGAAGCAGAUAGCUUACCAUACCUGUGUUGCUUUGCGGCAAUAUUUUAGAGCUCAUCUUCUUUUGCUUGUGGAUUCUCUCCGUCCAAAUAAAACCAAUCGAAGUACGGCCCGGAAUACGCCAAGUGUAAGGGCAGCCUACAAGCCACUUGACAUCAGCAAUGAAGCUAUGGAUGCAGCAUUUCUGCAGUUACAAAAGGAUCGGAAGCUGGGUCCUGCAUUUGUAAGAACUCGCUGGCCUGCGGUUGAGAAGUUCUUAAGCUCUAACGGACAUAUUACCUUGUUGGAAUUAUGUCAGGCCCCACCAGUUGAGCGUUAUUUGCACGAUUUGCUUCAAUAUGCAUUGGGUGUUUUGCAUAUUGUUACGUUAGUACCGAACAGCCGCAAGAUGAUCGUAAGUGCCACAUUAAGCAAUAGUCGUGUUGGUGUAGCAGUCAUUUUGGAUGCAGCAAAUAGUUCUAGUAGUUAUCAAAAGAAUUAUGUGGACCCAGAGAUCAUUCAACCAGCACUAAAUGUGUUAGUCAAUCUUGUUUGUCCUCCACCUUCAAUCAGCAAUAAACCACCUGUACUUGCACAGGGUCAGCAUUCUGUUUCCGUGCAAGCCUCAUAUGGUCCUGCCACUGAGACUAGAGAUAGAAACACAGAACGUAAUAUCUCGGAUCGAGCUGUUAACACGUCUGGGCAGAGUGAUCCGAGGGACCGGAAUGGGGAAUCUAGUGUGGUAGAUAGGGGCAGUGCUGCAGGAGUUGGUACACAGUCCAUUGGUAGCUCUUCACAAACUCCUGUUGCAGCCACUUCAGGACUUGUUGGAGAUCGUAGAAUAUCUUUAGGUGCUGGAGCAGGUGGCGCAGGCCUUGCAACGCAAUUAGAAUUAGGAUAUCAUCAAGCAAGAGAGGCUGUACGUGCCAACAACGGCAUAAAGGUUCUACUUUAUCUCCUUCAACCACGCAUAUAUUCACCUCCUGCUGCUCUUGAUUGUCUCCGUGCUCUUGCAUGCCGAGUCCUGCUUGGUCUAGCCAGAGAUGAUACUAUUGCACACAUUUUGACAAAGCUUCAGGUUGGGAAGAAGCUAUCAGAGCUAAUUCGAGACUCAGGCAGCCAGACGACUGGAACUGAGCAAGGCAGGUGGCAAGCUGAACUUUCCCAGGCAGCAAUUGAGCUGAUAGCAAUUGUGACAAAUUCAGGGCGUGCAAGUACAUUAGCAGCUACUGACGCUGCUACUCCUACUUUGAGGCGAAUAGAAAGAGCAGCUAUAGCUGCUGCUACUCCUAUUACUUACCACUCCAGGGAACUCUUACUUCUAAUGCAUGAACACCUACAGGCAUGUGGUUUGGGUGCAACUGCUGCUACACUGUUAAAAGAGGCUCAGUUGGCACCUUUGCCAUCCUUGGCAGCUCCAUCAUCUCUUAUGCAUCAAACCUCCACACAAGAAGCACCCCCUAUACAACUCCAGUGGCCCUCUGGUAGAGCCACUUGUGGAUUUCUAACAGGAAAAUCUAAACUUACUCCACGGGAUGAGGAUACAAGCUUGAAGUGUGAUUCAGCUGCAUCUUCUUCAAAGAAAAAAUUACUGGCUUUCUCGCCUAGUUUUGGUUCACAGUCAAGAAACCAGUUGCAAUCCAAUGAUUCUCAGUCGGGAUCUGUCAGGAAAGUCUUCAGUGCUUCAAAACAAUCUUCUGCAUUCGCAAUUGUAUUAGAAACAUCAUCAGAGUCCUUGAUGAAACCUAAUUCUGAUACAGAGUCCCACUGUAAGACUCCAAUCUUAUUGCCAAUGAAGCGAAAAUUAUCUGAGUUAAAGGACAUUGGGCUGGUCUCAUCCUCUGGAAAGCGACUCCACACCAGUGAGCAAGGACUUCGGUCUCCAGUUUGUCCAACACCCAAUACUGUUCGGAAAAGCAAUCUACUAGCUGAUACUACUGGGCUUUCUACACCAAGUUCUAACCUAAGAGAUCAGCAUUGGCGAUCAACGCCAACUGGUUACUUGGCAGAUUAUAUGGAUGACAACCAAUAUGGUAACGCCCAUAUGGGUCAGGUGACACCAUUCUCGCACCUUGGGCUUUUAAAUGAUCCUCAGCCCAGCAGCACAGAGCGGUUAACUCUAGACUCUCUUGUUGUUCAAUAUCUGAAGCACCAGCAUCGCCAAUGCCCUGCCCCUAUAACCACUCUCCCUCCACUUUCCCUCUUACACCAGCAUGUUUGUCCUGAACCUAAACGAAGCCUUGAUGCCCCAUCAAAUGUGACGACCCGACUUGGUACACGUGAGUUCAAAAGUAUGUAUGGUGGGGUGCAUGGAAAUCGUAGGGAUCGCCAGUUUGUUUACAGCAGAUUUAGACCAUGGAGAACUUGUCGGGAUGAUGCUGGUGCCCUUUUGACAUGCAUUAGUUUUCUUGGAGACUCCUCCCGUCUUGCAGUUGGCAGCCACUCUGGAGAGCUCAAAAUUUUUGACUCCAACAGCAACAGUGUGCUGGAGAGCUGCACAAGCCACCAGUAUCCUUUGACAUUUGUUGAGUCAUAUCUUUCCAGUGAGACACAGCUGGUGCUUUCGUCGAGCUCCGAGGAUGUAAGGUUGUGGGAUGCAGCUUCAGUCUCAGCUGGGCCAAUGCAUCCAUUUGAAGGGUGUAAGGCGGCAAGGUUCAGCAAAUCUGGAAACAUUUUUGCAGCCCUGUCCUUGGAGCCUGCACGACGAGAAAUUCUCCUGUACAAUAUCCAGACCUGCCAGGUGGAAACAACACUGUCAGACCACCCUUCUGCCAAUUCUACAAGCCGGGGUUCGCUCAUACACUUCAGCCCUUCAGACACUAUGCUCCUAUGGAAUGGAGUCUUGUGGGAUCGGCGGGUUUCUGGUCCUCUUCAUCGGUUUGAUCAAUUUACUGAUUAUGGAGGUGGUGGCUUUCAUCCAGCUGGGAAUGAGGUAAUUAUAAACUCGGAGGUCUGGGAUCUCCGGAAGUUUAGGCUCCUUCGAAGUGUACCUUCAUUGGACCAAACAGUGAUUACGUUUAAUGCACGUGGUGAUGUCAUUUAUGCAAUCCGGAGAAGAAAUCUUGAGGAUGUAAUGUCAUCCGUUCACAACCUACAUCGAGCCAAGCAUCCCCUCGUUGAGGCCUUCCGCACUGUUGACGCAGUCAACUAUUCUGACAUUGCCACUAUUCCAGUAGAUCGAUGUGUCCUUGACUUUGCAACAGAGCCAACAGAUUCCUUUGUAGGGUUGAUUACACUGGAUGACCCAGAAGAAAUGUACUCUUCAGCUAGGGUUUACGAAAUCGGUCGCCGACGGCCAACUGAUGAUGAUUCUGAUCCUGACGAUGCUGAGAGCGAGGAGGAGGACGAGGAUGAUGAUGAUGGUGAUGUGGACUCUCUACUAGGCACAAAUCUUGAUGGGGAUGGUGAAACUGAUGCUGAUGAUAUGAGCAAUGAUGAUGAUGAUGAUAGCAUCAGCGACCUCGAAGAUGAUGAUGAUGAUAGGGAUUUCAUCAUGGAUGGUGGGGGUGGAAUUCUAGAGAUUGUUACAGAAGGUGAUGAAGACGACGAUGAUAGUCAAUUGGUUGAAUCUUUUAGUAGCGACGAUGAGGAUGAUUUUAUGGGCAACGGUUUUGGUUAUUAAAUGUUACUUAAGUCUUCGAUUGGCUUUAAUUGUAGCCCAGAUUAUGUAAUUAUUGUUUAUGAGGUUUUUCCUUUCCCUUUGUUAUCUAUUUAUUUAUUAUUCUUACCAGAAAGAGAAAUGUGGAGGGAGAAGAGAAGAGCAUUCCAAUCUAGUUCAUUUUCUUUUCUUA